GCAUGUUUCUAUUCUCGAUGUUGUCUUCUAUGUUUCUUGCCUGCAGAUCCUGUAUUUAAAUGCACCACUUGUUCCACUGAGUUCUGCACAUGCUAUUUCCAACUCUGCAGUCCCUUCUUCAUCAUCAUCCUUAUCAUCACCAUUAGCAUCACCACGUGCAUCACCUACACCACCACCACCACCACCUUCAUCACUGUAUACUGCUGCUGCUAGUACUGCUACUACCACCAUUACUGAGGCUACUGUUGAUGUUGAUGUUGAUGUUGAUGCUGAUGUUGAUGCUUCUGUUACUUAUGAGCAGCCAGUUCUGCUAGCUGCUGCUGCUGCUGCUGCUGCUACUGCCCCUACUUUUGAACCAACUGCUAGCUUAGAAGAGAAUUAUCAGGUGGCCAACACUUUGGAAUUUAGAGAAGAAAGUAAUAUAAUUGCAGAGUUUCCAGACAAAACUAAAUCAGUCCCAUUACAAGAGCCUCUGUACACCUACCCAGAACUGAGUCCUGAUCUACUAACUCAACCGUUGAAACCAGCUCUCCCUCCAAAACCUGAUAUUAAGUUGGAAACUGCCAAAACACAGAACUUGAUCCGCGAGGACAGCUUCUAUGAGGACGAAGACUUAAUAACAGCUACGGUGGUAAAAUCAAACUUGAAAUCACCAAUCAAUGAAUCUGAGGUGAAAUCAUAUGAAACUGAUUUAAACUUAUCGUCUCGCCACUCUGAAGAUGAGUUUCCUGAUGGCAUUUCUGAGGCUCAAGAGGCUUCUUUAGCAUUAAAUCUCAUUGAUAAUGAGGAGAAAGCUUCCAUAGAAACAGACAGCUUUCCUUUGUCCCAAUUUGGUGGUGUUGUUUCUGAGUCUAUUCACAGCAUUGAUGUUGCACAGGAAUUAUGCAAAACAAAGAGUGAGAUUCUACCAGCCUUACCGUCGACUCCUCCACCCUUGACACCCCCUCCUUCCCCUCCCUUGAGUACUCUUGAGAACACUGAAGACCAGAUCACACUCGAAGAUAUGAAGGUAAAUCUAAAAGCUCAUAUUGGCCACAAAAAGUCUGAAAGUGUGGAUAGUUCAUCAUCCGAUCAUUUCACCACAAGUGACCUUAAAGCAUUUUCAUCACCAUCAUCCACACCACGCACAAUGUCUCCAAGAAUGUCACCGCUUCCAUCACCAAUUUCUUUACGAUCAUUAAGUGGCUCUGUCGACUCCUUACCUGCUUCACUGGAGAAAAACAUCAAAGUUCAGAAAGGACAGCAGCAUUUAGGUAUUACUGUAGAUGCUGUUGAUAAAGGACUAAAUGGUUGUGUGGUGAAAUCAAUAUCACCAGAUGGCGCUGUCAGUAAAGACGGACGUAUUGACAUUGGUGACUAUAUUGUGUCCAUCAACAAUGAAAACAUGCGGAGGAUCACCAAUGCUCAGUCACGAGCAAUUCUUCGGCGUGCGUCACUACUUGGGAUGGAUAUAAGUAUAAACUACAUCAAUGCUUCUGAUGCAAGUAACUACAAAAUGACUGCUGAAAGUCGGUCAAAACAGGAACCCAGCCCCACACAUCAUUCUGCAAUGCCUUCACCUAAGAUCUUUCCAAAACAUUUCCGUUCCAAUUUAUCUCCAAUACACAUGUAUGGUCACGGCAGUACGGAGGGGCUUCGUUCUGCUUACACAUCACCAUCACACAGUCCACUUCAUCUGGGCAAAGAGAAACCCGCAAGUGCUCCCACAUCUCCAAUUGUACCCAUCACCUCUAAAGGACAAGGGCGCCAGAUGACACUAUCGUGUGAUGGCUCUCCAGCCACUGGGGACCACACAUGGAGGGCGCCACGUGAAGUUACUCUUGAGCGAGAACCUGGCAAGAGUUUAGGCAUCAGCAUUGUGGGUGGAAGAAUCAAUGUGCCUCAUGCUUCACCUGAACAAAUAAUGUCAGGUAUUUUCAUAAAGCUUGUAAUGAAAGAUAGCCCUGCUGGCAGGGAGGGCUCACUUCAAACUGGUGAUAGAAUAUUAGAGGUGAAUGGAAAAGAUCUACGCGAUGCUUCUCAUGAUGAAGCUGUUGAAAUUAUCAGGAAUGCAACAAGUCCAGUUCAUUUCUUAGUCCAAAGUUUAACAGAUACAUCAUGUCCUUUAGAUGUGGAAGACCGCCGUGGAGUGUCAUCCACUCCUAAGAACACAGACUCCUCUUCACAAAUGACUGCCAAGUCACUCACUGAGCAUCGACACACUUCGGUUAUAGACGGGCACUUACGUCAAGUCUCACAUUUAAAUCUGCAGGAUUCUAAACUAGAUGAUGGAGUGUUUGAUGAAGAGGAAGAACAAGAGGAUGAAUACGGUUAUACGUUAAAAAAGCUUCAGAACAAAUAUAUUGAUUUAACAGGAGAAAUCUUUUUGGUGGAUUUGAACCGAGGCAAUAAUGGGUUAGGCAUCAGCUUAGCUGGCAAUAAGGACCGAAGCACAAUGAGUGUCUAUGUUGCUGGUGUCCAGCCUGGAAGUGCCGCUUUCAAUGAUGGUCGCAUACGAGUUGGAGACGAGCUCUUAGAGGUGAAUGGACAAGUUCUCUAUGGCAGGAGUCACUUAAACGCUUCAGCUAUCAUUAAAGGGUUAACACAACCUGUACUAAAAGUGGUCUUAUUAAGGUAUGAAAACUAUCUCGACCAUAUGGCUGUGAAGCCCUUGAAACUUUUACCCACUACAACAGUUGAAGAUCAGAAUGAAGAUCAUCAUUCAAGCCAUGAAUCUCGACCGCCAUCAUCUAUUGAAAUCAGGGUACCAAAUGUACCGAGUGAAUAUUCCACCCCUGUAUUACAAGAUGCAAUCCAAGUCAUUGUGUUGAACAAGGGAUUGGCUGGUUUGGGAUUUACAAUUAUGGAAGGCAAAACAAAACCAGGUAUAUUUGUGAAGUCCAUAGCACCAAAUGGUCCUGCUUCUCAGGAUGGCCAGUUGAGUGUAGGAGAUCAGAUCUUGGAGAUAGACAGACAUUCAGUGGAGAAUGUUGAUUACCACAAGGCAAUGGAGAUUUUGAGAAAAACACAAGGAAAAGUAAAAUUAAAAUUUAUCCGUAAAGCAACAUUUGGAGGUCAGAGAAAUGAAGUUAUAACACUUGGUGGUGCAUGUGGUGAUUCCAGCACUGAUCCACGGGUUUCUUCCCCUAAAACGACAGGGCCACAAUCUGAUCCCUUAACAUGUCCCGUUGUUCCUGGAGAAGAAACUUAUAUUGAAAUUGACAAAGGCUAUUGUGGUCUUGGUCUAAGUAUUGUUGGUGGUUCCGAUACUCUGUUGGGCUCAAUAAUCAUUCAUGAAGUAUAUGUAGAUGGUGCAGCACAUAAAGAUGGAAGGUUAAUGGCUGGGGAUCAAAUAUUCGAAGUUAAUGACGAAGACCUUAAAGACGCAACUCAUGAGAGAGCAAUUCAAGUUCUCCGCCAAACUCCGACAAUUGUGAAGCUAUUAGUCUAUCGAGACAACCAACUGACAAAAGAAGAAGAUAUUUAUGACAUCUUCAGUAUCGAAUUAAUGAAAAAACCUGGUAAAGGACUUGGCCUCAGUAUUGUUGGCAAAAGAAAUGAUGUGGGUGUAUAUAUAUCAGACAUUGUCCGUGGUGGUGUGGCUGAAGCAGAUGGCCGUUUGAUGCAAGGUGAUCAAAUUUUAAGUGUAAAUGGAGAAGAUAUGCGCCAAGCAACGCAAGACCACGCAGCUGCAGUACUGAAAACACUUAUGGGGAAAGUUGUUUUAACAAUCGGACGCUUAAAAGCAGGUUCUCGGACAUCUUCAACGCGCAAUUCAGGUACUGGGGGAAUGCGCAAAUCUGAGUCUCACACAAGUGGUGGCAAGUCGAAAGGCAAACACAGCAGAGUUACCAGUGAAGACAUUUCCCAUGUACGUAUAGUAGAAGUGGCUCAUGACAGCAAUGGCUCAUUAGGUUUGAGUAUUGCAGGCGGAGUUGGCAGUACACUAGGGGACACACCAGUUGUUAUAACCAAUCUAUAUGCUAAUGGCCCUGCAGCACUUACAGAAAAAUUGAAGAUUGGUGACCAGAUAUUGGCUGUCAAUGAAAUGUCAACUAAGGGUUUGACCCAUACAGAAGUGGUUAAUAUGCUGAAGGACACCUCUGCCCCUGUCAUCCUUACUGUAACCCAUGCUGGUGACAGGAUUAAGCAAGGUCGUAGUAGAAGUAGACUGAGAGUCCCAGGAGAAGAUAGAAAAGUGAACGUUAAUGGUCGUUCACCUUCACAUCCACCUAGUGAAACAGCAUCGUUCACUGACGAAGCCAUUGAAGAACUUUUAGAGAGUCAUCAAUUGGAUGAUCAGAAAGUACGGUUAAUUGUGUUGGAACGAGGAUCAGAAGGUUUAGGAUUUUCAAUAGUUGGCGGUCGAGGCAGCCCACAUGGUGAUUUACCAAUCUAUGUGAAAACAGUGUUUGCAACAGGGGCUGCUGAAGCAGAUGGGCAACUGAAGCGUGGAGACAGAAUUCAUACAGUAAAUGGAGUCAACCUCGAUGGUGUUACUCAUGAAGAAGCAGUUUCCAUUUUGAAGAAUGCACAAGGGAAAGUUACACUCACAAUCACCUCCUAAAAGAUAAAGCAUUAUAUAUAUAUAUAUAUAUAUAUAUAUAUAUAUACACACACAUGCACACACACGCAUACAGAAAAAUGUGAAGAAAUAUCCAUUUGUUUGGAACAUUAUGGACCAUGCUUUAUAUGUUUUAGUGGGGGAGGGGAAAAUAACCAAUGGAGAAAUCAACAAUAGAAAAAUUAAAAAUUAUUCACAUAUUAACUAAAAAAAAAAAAAUGGAGAAAAAAUGUUUUAAAAUUUUAUUUGAAAGACAAAUAUCCGGAAUAUGCAUUUUAUGUUGGCGAUAAAUUUUAAUAAUUUAACUCUAAAAUUGUAAAAAUAUUAAAAACAAAAAAAAGCUAAAAAAAAGGGUCACAAAAAAAAGAAAUUUAAUUUUGUCAUCCACUGGAAUAUUUUCUAGGCUCAUUUGACUUCACUUUUGUUACCAAAGAUAAUUUAUAAAUUCUAAGGUAAAAAUAAUAAUAAUAAUAAUAAUAAUAAUAAUAAUAAUAAUAAUAAUAAUAAACAAACAACACAAGAGAAGAGAAACAAAAUGAACUUGAAAAAGAAACAAUGAAAUAAAGAGAAAUAUGGAACUUUUACCAUUUAUCGGUUUAGUUGAUAACAAGAUAUUCCUGUUAAUAACUGGCAAUUGUGUUGAUCAGGGUCUUUUUGAGGGUCUUCUUGGGUUUUUUAUUUUGCUUUUUUUUUCAGAUAGCCUAUAUCACAUUUUCAAGAUUGAGUAAUUAUCUAUAUUUUAACUUUCCUAAAUUGCAAUAUCCUCUAGAAUAAGAUACAUGUACCAUGAAACAUUGCAAUGUUCUUCUGGUUCUCUUUCCUCCACACUCUACCCACCACAUCAGACCUCCAGUCCCACCCCAUCCAAACCCUUCUAUUUUAUUAUAUAUAAAUUUCAAUUUCCUUAAAUGAAAUCAUGGUAGCAGCCAUUUUUUCUAAUUUAUUCAUUAUUUUAAAAAAAUUUCUAAUAGUUAUUACUAAUCGAUUCCAACCUUAUCUUUUAUUUUUUUUUUUUGAUCCCCAGAAGAAACUAUUAAUACUUUCAAUAAAUUUUUUUAAAAACAAAAAAAAAUUCUAAUUUUAAGAGAAGAAAUAUAAUUUGAACAAUUUCUUCAUUGAGUUUUCAAACUCAAAAAAUUGAUAUGGGGGGGAAAAAAACUGCCAGGUUGUGGGUAGAAGGAUAAAACUUCUCAAAAGAAGAGUAGAUUCCAAAAGAAAUGAAAAAAAGUAAUAAUAAUUAAAAUUUACAAAGUUUCAAUUAAAUUCUUUACAUAUGGAUAACACAUGGAUUCUGUUGAAAAGUUCUUGGGAUCUCUUUAUCCUAUCUUAGUGCCUGUCGUUUAAUAUUAAUUUUAAAUUGGGGUUGGAGUUGUUGGGAUUUUGUUUUUAAAUAUAUUUUCUUCCUUAUUUCAUCAUUUUAGUCGUCUUUUUAAUUUCCCCACCACCACCUCCAUCUUCAUUCAAACCAGGUAACUAUUUUUCUUUACUUGUUUUUUUCUUUAUAUAUAUUGUUUUCUAUUUGUUUGGGUUUUUUUUAUUAAAAUAAUAAAAAAAUGUUACCUGUUUUCUGUAAAACAAAACAUAACCAGUAUAUGUGAAUAUAUUUGUUUGUAUUUUAAAAUAA